CCUUCUACUAUAAAAACGCGACAAUUUCUUCACAUCUGCACAGUCACCACAAGAAACCCGAAGUUAACGCAUUGUAGGCAUCAUGAACGCAUUCUCCCUGUGGGUGGCCAUAACGAUGGCCGUGGUGGUCGUUGCAGAACCACCUUCUGGAUACUCAUAUAGUAGACCAAGUGGUGGUGGUGGAGGUUAUUCUGGAGGAGGAGGAGGAGGAGGUGGUGGAGGAGGAGGUUACCAACAAGUCCCCAUCGGUGGACAAACUAACGAAGGAGCUAGCGUUGAUCCGGCUCUUUUAGAACAAGUCCGUCAAAUUAUCUUAAAAGAAGAAAUUUCAUCCCAAUCUUCUUCUUCAUUUGGAGGAGGAGGUGGUGGAGUUAGCACAAGCUACGGGGCUCCAUCCCCACAAUACGGUGUACCCUCAACCAGUUAUGGCGUACCUGGUUAUCAACAACGCGUCACGGGCGUUGAUUUGGAAGGAAUUAAACAGGCUAUUCAAGUUGCUCAAUACAGUCAAAUAAGUCAUCAAAGCUUCGGGGGUUACCCCGCGGCCACUUAUGGAGCACCAUCUCGUCCAUCCUCCAGUUAUGGAGCUCCGUUCUAAAAUUUGAAAUCAAUUUUUUUUAAAAAUUUUAAAUCUACCUUUUUCCUGCAACUGCUACCACCAUAUUACGCUGAGUAACAUCUAAUAACAGCGGAAUCUCACACGGGUCAUGAUGCAAAAUACAACAACAUCUUUGUAUUUUUUGAUAUAACAACAAUGAAUGCGUUAAGUUCGGUUUUUUGUAUAAAGUUUUUAAGUUAUGUUUUGUAACUUGAAAAAAAAAA